AUGUUGUUUACACAUUGUCUGUAUAUAUUAUUUUAUUUAUUUUUAAAAUUAAAUUUCAUUUUUCAUGUCUAUGGUGAAUCAUUGAAUAUUCGACAAGAUGAUAUUCAUAAUAACGAUUAUGUUUAUUAUGAUGGAGAUUUACUACAAUCUAAUAAUAUUCAAACAUCUAAUUGUACUGUACAAUGUUCACCCUAUUGGACAGAACCAAUUCAACAAACUCAAUCAUUAGUUUAUCCAGCAGCUGCAUUUGUAUCAUUAAAAUGUCCAUAUAAUGGAAAACCGACACCUCACAUAACAUGGUACAAAGAUGAACAAUUAUUUUUACCACAAAAUCAUGAACUAUCUGAUUUGUAUUCAAUGGACAAUUAUUAUUUGAAUAUAUCAAAAGCAACGAUGUAUGAAAAAGGAAUAUAUAAAUGUAUAAUUGAAAAUAGUCUUGGAAAUAUUAGUCGAUCAUUUGAACUUCUUGUACAAGGACGAAGUCUUGAUCGUCCAGUAUUAUUAUCUCAACCAUCAAAUCAAACAUUAUAUGAAGGUGACAAUGUGACAUUUGAAUGCUAUUUUUAUAGUGAUUCAAGUCCAUUUGUACAAUGGUAUUUACAACGUUCAAAUAAUCAAGAAGAAUUUAUUAAGUAUAAUCCACAAACAAUGACAGAAGAUGAAGUUAAAUUAAUGACCAUAACUACUGCACGAAUCGAUGAUACAGGCACCUAUCUUUGUCGUGUUUUGAAUGAAUAUGGUUUUGUUGACUUAUAUCAUUAUCUAAAUGUACUACCAGCCGCACAUCGUCCUACAUCAACACCAGUACGUCAUCAAAUUGCGAGCAUGCCUCAAGAAUUAAUUAUUGUUAUUGUUUCUGUUAUUGGUAUACUCAUAUUUGGUUUUACAUUUUUUCUUAUCUAUCAUUGUCGUAAUAAGAAAAGUUUACGUCGUACAUUAUUGGCUACAAGAAUACUUGCAACAAGAGGCAUUGGAAAUUUAAAAGGAAAUCCAAUUUAUCGAAGUGAAUUCGAAUCAAAAACAAAACGUCCAUUAUUAGAAGAUGGAUGCCGUCGAUUUCCAACCGAAGCAACAAUAUCAACUAUUAUAUCAUCGUAUUAUGAUGAUCAAUGUGAAUUUUCUCGUGAAAAAUUAAUCAAGGGACAUCUACUCGGCAAAGGGGCAUUUGGGGUUGUUUAUCAAGCAAUAGCCUACGGUAUUGUACCUAAUGGACAGGCGACAACAGUAGCAAUCAAAACAGUACGAGAUGAUGCAGUACCAGAAGAAAUUGAAAAUUUACUUAAAGAACUUUCUGUUAUGAAAACCGUUGGAAAACAUCCGAAUAUUAUCAAUCUAUUAGGCUGUUGUACGAAAGGAGGACAAGUCAUAUUAAUUGUUGAAUACGCUAAAUACGGAAAUCUUCGUGAUUAUUUGAGACAAAAACGACCCAGUGGUCAUGUACUAUCUGGUUCAUUUGAAUCAGCAAAAAAUGAUGAUUAUCACGUAGAUGAAGCAACAGAAACUUUAACCACACUUGAUUUAUUAUUAUUUAGUUUGCAAGUAGCAUCUGGCAUGGACUAUUUACAUUCGAAAAAAUGUAUACAUCGUGAUUUAGCUGCACGUAACGUACUUAUAGCAGAAAAUCGUAUAUGCAAAAUUUGCGACUUUGGUUUAGCUCGUGAUUUAACACAGAAUUAUUAUUAUCGAAAACAAACAGACGGACGUGUUCCGGUAAAAUGGAUGUCACCAGAAGCAUUGUUCGACAGAAAAUUCUCUACAAAAUCAGAUAUUUGGUCUUUUGCUAUUCUUGUCUGGGAAAUAAUGACAUAUGGUGGUACGCCUUAUCCAUCUGUACCAGCUGAAAAACUAUUUGAUUAUCUAAAAGAUGGUAAUAGAAUGUCAAAACCAACCAGUUGUCCAAAUGAAAUUUUUCAAAUAAUUGAAAAUUGUUGGGAAUUUAAAGAAAAUUUGCGACCAACAUUUCAACAAGUUUGUGAACGAUUACAACGAUAUUUAUAUGGCACAAGUCCAAUUGAUUACUCUGAUUUGGACUAUGUUGACUUGCCAUUAUCUCCAUCGUCUGGCGACUUCACACAAACAAUGACACCAACUUCAGCCACUAAUACUACAAUGACAAACGACGAUAUUCGAUCUAGUAUACCUAGUACAAUAACCACUACAGCUACUUCUUCAUCAUCAUUGACUUAG